GUUUCGAACGGAGCAUCACGGUCCUUCUAUUUUGAUGAGUGUAUUAGGUUAACUUAGUAGGGUGUAGCUUAACAACGAAGUUUAGUUGUUUAAUAUAGUUUAGCAAAUACUGUAAUUUGCCAAGGUGUAAAAUGGCAAAUUUUAUUGCUGUACCAUUCAAGAAGACGUCAGAAGUUGACAUAAUCAAGCCUUUGAAAAAUUUAAUAUCGUCCUACUAUAGUACAGCCGAUGAGCCAGCCGAUUUCAGGGAAUCGUUGAAAGAACUGAACAAGCUCCGACUAAAUUCCACAUGGAGAACUCUCGACAAAAAUGAAAAUUCACUGCAAGUAAUGUGUAGAUACUAUGAUCAGAUUACAGUACUUGAAGGAAAAUGUCCACCUUCAGAUGUUCAGAUCCCCUUUCGAUGGAAAGAUGCCUUUGACAAGGGAUCUUUUUUUAGCGGAUCUACUAGUCUUACUCUUUCAAAUUUAUCAUACGAAAGAAUUUGUAUCCUCUUUAACAUAGCAGCAAUGCAAAGUCAGAUCGCUGCAAGUCAGGGAAAUGAUUUGUCUAAUGAUGAUGCUCUCAAAUCUGCAGCAAAAUACUUUCAACAAGCUUGUGGAAUUUUCCACUAUUUGAAAACAACAGUUCUUUCCAGUGUUCAGCAAGAACCUACUCCAGAUAUUCAACCUGAUACUCUUGGAGCUCUUCAAGCGCUGAUGUUAGCCCAGGCACAGGAAAGUUUUUUCCAUAAAGCAACAGCUGAUAAUAUGAAGGAUGCCAUAGUUGCCAAGGUGGCAUCACAGUGUGAAGAGCUGUAUGCUGACACCCUCAAACAGCUCCAAAAGGAAUCUUUGAAACAACUUUGGGAUAAAGAAUGGGUUUCAAAUGUUGCAGGAAAACAAGCAGCCUUCCAUGCUAUAUCAGAAUACCAUCAAGCCCUUGUGUGUAGAGGUAAGAAAGAAGUUGGUGAAGAGUUGGCACGACUCCAACAUGCUAAUGAGCUAAUGAAAGCAGCCGAAACCCGGGGAAAUAUAACUUUUAGUUUUGGGGAUUAUGCAGGGAAGAUCAGUCGAGCUUACCAAGAAACAAAAAAAGAUAAUGAUUUCAUUUACCAUGCUCGCAUCCCCGAUGUUAAGUCAUUGCCUCCUAUUGGUAAAGCUGCACUGGCAAAACCAACACCAAUGCCUGAGAAAUUAAGCUCGAAAUUCCAAGACUUAUUCAGUACGUUAAUGCCUGUUCCUGUCACUCAAGCCAUUCAGGCAUUUGAUGUCCGAAAAACUGAGGUUGUGAAUCAAGAAAUUGGAAGAAUGAGAGAACAAACACAGAUGAUGAAUGGCGUUCUUGCCUCUCUAAACCUUCCAGCUGCUAUUGAAGAUUCAACUGGAAAUACACUACCCCAGUCACUCAAAGACAAAGCUCAGGCUGUUACUGAAGCUGGUGGAAUCCAGACAAUUCAGAAUCUAAUAAUUGAACUUCCAGCCUUGUUACAGAGAAAUAGGGAAAUAUUAGAUGAAGCUGAACGAAUGCUUAAUGAGGAAGAAGCAUCAGAUAACCAAUUUCGAAAUCAAUUUAAAGAAAAGUGGACCAGAACCCCAUCAGAAAAACUUAAUCAGCCAUUAAAAGUCCAGGCAACAAAGUACAGGGAGAUAAUUGAAAAUGCUGUUGAAGCUGAUGCUGUUGUUAAGGACAAGUUUAGUAAGCACAAGAACAGUAUUGAACUCUUGAGUCUCCCUGAAUCUGAACUUUCUGCCAGACUUCCUUCUGCUAGCCCAGUUUCUUCACUAGGGAACAGCCAUAGUGUUCAGAAAUUAAAACAACUUAUGCAGGAAGUAGAACAGAUAAAAACUGAGAGAGAGACUCUUGAGAAAGAUUUCCAAAGUGUCACUAUAGAUAUGAAAACUAAAUUUAUGGAUGCUCUGGCUCAAGAUGGUGCAAUAAGUGAACAGGCAAUUUCUGCUGAAACGUUGGGAGAGAUAUUUGGGCCAUUACAAAAGAGAGUUCGGGAAAACCUUGAACACCAGGAGAAAACCAUGGCAGGAAUCCAGCAGGCUAACACUGCAUUCUGUCAGGAAAAACAAGACAACCAGAGUUCAGUAACUCGCGAUACAAUGAUGAAAGAUUUGGCUGGUGCCCAUGAUGCAUACAUGGAACUGAAGAACAACCUGAAAGAAGGCACCAAAUUCUACAAUGAUUUAACACAAUUACUAGUGAACUUCCAGAACAAGAUUAAUGACUUUUGUUUUGCUCGUAAGACAGAAAGAGAUGAGUUGUGUAAAGAACUCCAACAGAGUAUUGCCAACCAACCAACAGGCCCAGCUCCAUCUUUGCCAUCUCAUCAUUCCGGUACAUCCGUUAACAAACCUGAAGAAAAGGAACGACCGUCACAGGCAACACCUCAGAAUGCAUCGGCACCUGCUUCACUUCCUUAUCCUACUCAGAAUAACAUGCCACAAGCUGCAUCUUUCUUGCCCUACCCUCAGUUCCCAGCUUAUCCAACUUAUGCAACAAUUCCUAUGCCAAGAGGAUACAAUCCUUAUAGUUAUACCCAACAAUCUGGUAUGCCUCCUGCCUAUCCACCAGCUCCCACUAGUUACCCACCCUAUGGUCAGUAUCCAAACUAUCCUCCAAAUACUGGGGGUUACCCGUAUCCAGGCCAGCCAUGGAAUCCACAGUGAUUUUAGACAAAUCUUGAAUGUUUCAACGUCUGAUCUGCGGUUAACGUAACAAAAACUCUUUUUUGCUGGUAUUGUGGCCUUCAACAUAAAUACAUAAUUGGUGCUUAUGAACAGUAGUUGACAAAAUGUAAAAUGAGUUUGUUCUAUCAUCAGAUUUAUUUAGUGUAAUUAAUAGUAAUUUACUUGUUCGUAGCCCAAGUAGAUAAAAUUGUCUGUUUUGGUAAUCAGUAAGUUUAAUAAUGAAAAUAGAUCACUGGGACAUUUUCUUAUGUUGGAGUUUAACACUAAUAAUGGACUGUUUCAUAAGAGUGACAUAUUCUUGGUCCUGGUGCCAAAUAUGUGUUUCUUAAUAAUUACUUCACAAAUGCUGUUGUUAAAGUUAAAUAGAAAUUUUAUAUAAAUAAUGACUUCACUCAGAGAUGUACUAAAUUCUUGUGAUUUGAUUUUGACUUCAUUCAUUAAGGACGUACUGAAGUAUAAUGAUUCUAGAUUUCUAAGCCUAGUUAUAAUAUUAGCUGCUAUUUGACAUACUAAACUAUAAUGAUUCUAGAUUUCUAAGCCUAGUUAUAAUAUUAGCUGCUAUUUGACAUACUAAACUAUAAUGAUUCUAGAUUUCUAAGCCUAGUUAUAAUAUUAGCUGCUAUAUGACAUACCAAACUAUAAUGAUUCUAGAUUUCUAAGCCUAGUUAUAAUAUUAGCUGCUAUUUGACAUACUAAACUAUAAUGGUUUUAGACUUCUAAGCCUAGUUAUAAUAUUAGCUGCUAUAUGACAUACCAAACUAUAAUGAUUCUAGAUUUCUAAGCCUAGUUAUAAUAUUAGCUGCUA